AUGGCGCCACGGGGGCUGCUGCUCUCCCUCUGCACAGCAGCCUCCAAGCUGGUGAACAACGGCAAGUCCUUUUCCCGGGAGGACCAACCGCUGAGCUGGAGAGAGGCCAUGGAUUAUUGCCGGGACUACCACACGGACCUCCUCAGCCUGCAGAGCGUCAGCAGCGUGAGCAGCUUGAUGGCCAUCAGCUCGCUCAUCCAGCCCACCCAGGCGUGGAUCGGCCUCUUCUUUGACAUGAGUAUUUCUGGCCCCCGCUGGUCCAGCGGCUCUCCCUACGUUGAACUGAAGUGGAUCCAACUGCCCGCCCUCGGGGAGGGCAUGUGUGUCACGCUGUAUUCUGUUCUGUCCUUUGCUCCCAUGCUGGGGGUCGACGUCUGCACGGCACAGAAGCCCUUCAUUUGCUAUGAAGACCCUGACAUAAAGCACCGCAUCUCCGUGGAGCCCUAUCUCAGCCUGACCACUCUUCCAAAGCAAGCUGAGGUCCAGAUUGGUGGAUAUACCUUCAUGAGAUUUGAACAAGUAAUGACGUGGACCUCGGCUCUGAAGUACUGUCGCAGCCACUACACAGACCUGGCCGACCUGCAGACGGUGACUGAUGAGGCAGGCCAGCAGGCCCUGAAGUCUGUCACAAAGGAGACUGAGGCUUGGAUUGGCCUCUACUUCAAUGCAAAAACCAGGUCUCUGAACUGGUCCAGUGACUUGGGUGCCAGCAUCCCAAGCUGGCUGCUGGUGCCUAAGUUUGACAGAGGACUGUGUGCAGGACUCCGGGCCUACUCAAAAUAUGACCCUCAGGUUUACACAGUGGUCUGCUCUUCCCUGCAACCCUUCAUCUGCUUCUACGACUCUGUCACUGGACACCGGGAGUUGGCAGAGAUGCCUCCGCUCCUGUCUGCUUCCUCCUCCGAUGUUACUGUGGGGACCACUCCCAGGCCGAGCAUAGCCUCCGAAGGCCGGCCACCUCCAGGCCUAGCAAAAGCCCAGGGCCUGACGCAGGGUUCUUCCCUCCACCGCUUCUGGCGCCACCCUGGCCCCACCUUGGCCUGUGGCUGGGUCCUUGAAGGGGUCCUGGUCUCAGCUGAUCCCACAGUAGUCUUCUCUCCUGCCCUAGGGACCAGCCUCAGCCCCGCGGGUACCUUGCAGGACCAGGUUACAGCAGAGUGGCCACAGAAGCCGGGGAGCCUGCAGCCCACCACCCAGGUGCCAGAGACCCCUAUGCUCCCACCUCAGCAGGCCCCACGAUGCCCCAAGGGACAGUGUCAACAAGCCCUCUGGCAAACCCCAGGCCCCUGGGAGGUACCUCCAAUCCCCAGGAGGGGCUCAGGAUCCACUGCCCAGAGUGUGUCACUGGACUUUGAGCCUCUGUCACUCACCCCCGCUGGUCUUGCGUCUCCAGGAAGCCCCUCCAUCCCACAGGAAAUGGCCAAGACCUCCCUUGUCACCACUGGGAGCAUUGGUGACCCUGUGCCCUGGGGGGACUCUAUUACCCAUGGUGGGCUUGUGACUCUGCAGGUGGUGACUGAGGACCCCUCACUCGACUCCACCCGUGAUGCCCCAGAGGCUCCUACAUCAGCAGGUCCACCUGGGUCCUCCACAUUCACCUGGUCUUUCGGCUCCGAGCCUCUGGGGAGCUCUUCAGGGCCUGAAGAAAGAACUUCGGCUGCACCAGUCUCAGGGAACCCAGCGGAGUCCCAAGGAGCAACUGCGCGCCCUGCAUCAGCAGCCCCAAGCCAGGCAGCCCUCUCGGAGACAGCUGUGACAAGAGUAGACGGUUGCACCGAUAGAGACACAGUUACUGCCACUCGGGUCCAACAUUUAAGCUCAUCUAGCCACCCAGAAUCUAAAGAAAAAACAUCAGCACCAGAAUCAGGUGCUUACUCUUUUGGAAUCCUGAAAGCAGAUUUUGCCAUUUCAAUUUCGAUAGACCAAGAAGAGAUGAAAGACCAAUUUUUGAGAGAGAUUCAAGAAGUCUUAAAACUUAUGUUAGGUCACCAGCAAUUCAGAUUGAAAUGGGUCGGUUUUGAAGUGAACAAAAAGCAGCACAAGUAUACUAAUUAGCAGUUUCCUUUUAAGCAGUUUUCUCUGGAUUUUCAGUGAAUUUGAGUUUUUUAAUUUCCAGAAGAACACUAUUAGAAAUAACUCAGAAUAUGUGAAGAGACAUAGACCUAAAACUUACACAAAAGAAAACUACAUAUGAAACCCUCGCCUUGGAUUUUAUAGAAUGAAUUAGGUAAGCAGAGAAGAUGGAAGUAUUUGGGAACAAUAACCUUGAG